UCACUGACCCAGACAUAACACAAGCACAGUUCAACGAGAGCAAGAAGACAAUGAAGACUAUUGCAGCUUUUGUUCUUCUCGCCUGCCUGAUCGCUGUAGGGGUGAAAGGACAGGACAGGUCUUCAAAGGGCAGGUGCUUCUGUGCAGACAAAGCUGCAAACAUGGUUUUAGUGAAGAACAUUGAGAAGGUUGAAAUCAUCCCUCCAAGUCCAUCUUGUCGCAAACAUGAGAUUAUUGUCACUCUGAAGAAUGGUGCAGGACGGAAAUGCAUGAAUCCAGAGUCAAAAUUCACUCAAAAUGUCAUCAUAAAUGCUCUUGAAAAGAGGAGCCAGCAGACAGCACCACACAGUACAACUGCCUCUGUGCCACUGAAGAACACCAUGACAUCAUCAUCAGCACCAACAUCCUUCAAAUGACUUCAUAUGUAUUCAUAUUCUGCCUCAUAAGUUGGAGUUCAAUUUGGAAGAAAAAAAACUUUUAAACUAAAAAUAUUUCCUG